CAGCAGCAAAACAAGCAGCAGCAACACAUGCAGCAGCAACACAAGCAGCAGCAACACAUGCAGCAGCAACACAAGCAGCAGCAACACAUGCAGCAGCAACACAAUCAGCAGCAACAACACCUGCAGCAGCAACACAAGCAGCAGCAACACAAUCAGCAGCAACAACACAUGCAGCAGCAACACAAGCAGCAGCAACACAAGCAACAGCAACACAAGCAGCAGCAACACAUGCAGCAGCAACACAUGCAGCAACAACACAAGCAGCAACAACACAAGCAGCAGCAACACAUGCAGCAACAACACAAGCAGCAACAACACAUGCAGCAACAACACAAGCAGCAACAACACAAGCAGCAACAACACAAGCAGCAACAACACAUGCAGCAACAACACAUGCAGCAACAACACCUGCAGCAACAACACCUGCAGCAACAACACCUGCAGCAACAACACCUGCAGCAACAACACCUGCAGCAACAACAACACCUGCAGCAACAACACAAGCAGCAGCAACACCUGCAGCAACAACACCUGCAGCAACAACACAUGCAGCAACAACACCUGCAGCAACAACACCUGCAGCAACAACACAUGCUGCAACAACACAAGCAGCAACAACACAAGCAGCAACAACACAUGCAGCAACAACACCUGCAGCAACAACACAUGCAUCAACAACACCUGCAGCAACAACACCUGCAGCAACAACACCUGCAGCCACAACACCUGCAGCAACAACACAAGCAGCAACAACUCCUGCAGCAACAACACCUGCAGCAACAACACAAGCAGCAACAACACCUGCAGCAACAACACCUGCAGCAACAACACCUGCAGCAACAACACCUGCAGCAACAACACAAGCAGCAACAACACAAGCAGCAACAACACAAGCAGCAACAACACAUGCAGCAACAACACCUGCAGCAACAACACCUGCAGCAACAACAUCUGCAGCAACAACACAAGCAGCAACAACACAAGCAGCAACAACACCUGCAGCAACAACACCUGCAGCAACAACACAAGCAGCAACAACACAAGCAGCAACAACACCUGCAGCAACAACACCUGCAGGAACAACACAUGCAGCAACAACACAAGCAGCAACAACACAUGCAGCAACAACACAAGCAGCAACAACACAUGCAGCAACAACACCUGCAGCAACAACUGCAGCAACAACACCUGCAGCAACAACACCAGCAGCAACAACACAAACAACAGCAACAACACCUGCAGCAACAACACAAGCAGCAACAACACAAGCAGCAACAACACAAGCAGCAACAACACAUGCAGCAACAACACAAGCAGCAACAACACAUGCAGCAACAACACAUGCAGCAACAACACAAGCAGCAACAACACCUGCAGCAACAACACAUGCAGCAACAACACCUGCAGCAACAACACAUGCAGCAACAACACAUGCAGCAACAACACCUGCAGCAACAACACCUGCAGCAACAACACCUGCAGCAACAACACCUGCAGCAACAACACAAGCAGCAACAACACAAGCAGCAACAACACCUGCAGCAACAACACCUGCAGCAACAACACCUGCAGCAACAACACAAGCAGCAACAACACAAGCAGCAACAACACCUGCAGCAACAACACCUGCAGCAACAACACCUGCAGCAACAACACAAGCAGCAACAACACAAGCAGCAACAACACCUGCAGCAACAACACCUGCAGGAACAACACAUGCAGCAACAACACAAGCAGCAACAACACAUUCAGCAACAACACAAGCAGCAACAACACAUGCAGCAACAACACCUGCAGCAGCAACACCUGCAGCAACAACAUCUGCAGCAAAAACACAAGCAGCAACAACACAAGCAGCAACAACACCUGCAGCAACAACACCUGCAGCAACAACACAAGCAGCAACAACACAAGCAGCAACAACACCUGCAG